UAUUGACUUUCCCGCAAGUUAAAGCAUUUAAAUGUAGAGGGAGGCAGAUGCUGCUGGCGACCGCAAAAAGGAGCGCACGUGUGGGUGGAAGGCUGGGGACGCAGGGACUUCUCAAUCUGCGCCUAUAGACAGACAGGCAGCCGAGGCAUCUUUGUUUGCCACUUUUUUAAAGAGAUGCGCGCAUCCUCUUUCCUCACACUCCGCACUCUUCUGGGACAAAAACUGUUCACCCAAAUCUAAAACCCAUCACUCUCCAAGAUCAGUAAAGAUGGAUUAAUUUCUACUUGGAAAAGUCUUGUUGAAUAACUGAAUGACAGAAGUGGAUUUGAUGGAGGAGCUGGGGUGACUGACGCUCUUUGCAGGACUUCUUUUUCUUUUGGAUGAAAACAUUUUCUCCUCUCUGUGGAGUGAACCAGCGUUGGAACUCUGAAUGUUCUGGACCGCUUAAAUGUCAUGGGUUUGGUUGUCAGUGCGCAUAAAGCAGGUUAAUUCAAACUAAACCCCCCAAACACCCAUCUGCAGGAUUUUUAUUUCUGAGGGCUUCCAGCGCCGAAUCAGAGGAGUAUUCAUGAAGCAAUAUUUGAACUAUUACAGGAUGAGGCUGAGAACAUCGAGGUUAGGUUAUCUGUUACUUCAAUUCGCGGCUCUUUGCUUUUACGCACAGGACACUGUGCAGUCAAGUCCUAAUUUCAAGCAGCAUGUAACGGAGCAAAGCCGGCUGUCGGACCGUAUGAGCCGCAGACUAACCAGAACCUACCAGCUGUACAGUAGAACCAGCGGGAAGCACGUCCAGGUCCUGGCCAACAAGCGGGUCAACGCCAACGGGGAGGACGGGGCAGUGCAUGCUAAGCUGGAGGUGGAGACAGAUUCCUUUGGGAGUCGAGUUCGUAUCAAAGGAGUGAAGACGGGAUACUAUAUAUGCAUGACCAAGAGAGGGAAGCUGAUUGGCAAGCGAAAAGGACGAGGGAAGGACUGCAUCUUCACAGAGAUUGUCUUGGAAAACAACUACACAGCACUUCAGAAUGCCAAAUACGAGGGCUGGUACAUGGCGUUCACACGCAAGGGUCGUCCAAGGAAGGCCUCCAAGACCAAGCAGCACCAGAGAGAAGCCCACUUCAUGAAGCGUCUACCUAGGGGACACUUACUAAGCGAUAGGAGGCCCUUCGAUGUCCUCCCGAUGCCUGUCCCAGGGCAGCCUUACAGCAGGCGGAAUAAACAUUCCCAUCAGCAGUGCUCCAGGGGACGCUGAAGAAGAACCACCCAGAGGAUCAAUUUUAGGAAAAAGCAGAGGUUGAACUCAAGUGACCACACACUUUCUUACGAUUUGCCUCAUUUCUGGACUUCUUAUGUAAUUCACGGUUACUGGGUUUUAUGUAAACUAUCUAAUCUGCUAGUUAUUUACAGACUUUAGCAAGUUUUAUUUUAUUUUCUUGGUUAUUAAAUCAGGGCAUUUUAUGUUCUGGUGAGCUCAACAAUAAUCUCAUGAAGAAUUAAAGUUAGCCAGCUCAGCAUUAAAGAAUGUUAAAAGUGAAGCUAGACUUGGCAGCUAUCUGUGGUUACAGCAUCCCUCAGUCUCAGUCAGUGCACUCGCUUGGAGAAUUAUGUAACCUGUUUUGUUUUUCUACAUAUAUGGAAAUAUUUUUACUGUAAAAAUGUAAAUUACAUCAAAUGAUGAAUAUAUUUAUUGUAGAGUGUAUAUUAA